GUGUCUACACAGCUCGUUCUCGCUGGUUAGACCAAUUGUUCGUGCAAUAGCUUUCGUUUCUACCACACUAUGUCGUUGGCAACUACGGGUGGUGGCGGUAUGGGAUCCGCCGGGGGAGGCGGGGGUCUCAUGAUGGCACAUUCGACUGGAGGAACGAUGAGUGCUGCGACGGGUCCCCCACCUCCACCACAGGCGAGUUUCGACGGAGGUCCGGCCCCUCCCCCCUCGGGCUUAUCGACUAAACAGGUCAAGAGUGUCGCUCAUUUACCCUUGGUAGCGAUUGAUUUGCACGAAACACAGCCACACAUCGCGUUGUUUCCACCAAAAGGCGAAGACCCAGCGGCGGGUGACGUCUUGCCCGUACUUGUGGGGAAAAUGAAAGGAAACGUAGUGCUCAAGGCAAACGAAUCAUCCCACAAGACACUGCGAAAGUGGUUGACCAAAUCCAAAGGGUACAGCUCACUCCAAGCCGACAGUCUGGCGACAGCAAACGAAACAUCCAGCGUAGUGGUGUUGGAAAAACCCUAUCGAUGGCUGGGUUUGCGCCGCUUGAAUGACGCUCCCACCUUUUUACGCGACUCCGUAGAUUCUGAACAAACCAAUUCCCAUGCCAUUGCCGAAGAAUCCUCCACCGAGCCCGGGGUGACUUUUGGAAUUGGUACUCUGGACGGAUCACAGCCUGCCGGAGAUGAUUUUGACCGGGUCGUUUGCAAAGUACGACUGUCCUCCGCUAAAAAGACGCUUACAGUUUUACCAGAAGAAGCUACACAACUCUUAAUUCAUCAAGCGCAGUAUCAUGUGGCGCACAAACAUCAACAGCUGCAGGCGUCAACGUCGGAAUCGUCAGACCACGAUGAAGAAACGGUAUUGGAGUAUCCCGUGUCGAUUGCCCUACCAAGUUGGGCCACUCAUGAUGCUGCGGUCGAAGCCUUGACGGAUUCGGUUGGUGUGGGAAAUACGGUCAUUUUGGCACGCUCGGUCUGCGCAUUGGCUGGCGCCCUGUUGCCACAUCCGGAAGGUAAGGCCAAUCCCGUCCUCGAUCGUUUGCAAAAGGUCCGAACUGCCUUGCACAAGGAGUUUUCCCGUCUACAGGUCCAAGAUCCCACAGCCACCUUUAAGGACGAUAUGCUCGUCCUAUUGGUGGGCAUUGCCAGUGACGGCAUUGAGGCGACGGCUGUACAGAUAUCCAAUCUUCAAACCUCCCAAAUGAGCUGUUUGUUUGGUGACUUUGAUAUCUUGUCCAACGUUGCUUAUCAAACCAACAACCCCGUCUCGAAAGUAGCCUUGUGCCUGUCCGAAUUGGAGGCCAAUCUCGAUGCCAUUGCUCCGGACUCUGACGGUCCCGCCGUCAUUCUCACUUACGGAUUCACGGGGUCGCAAGACGUGCUGAAGCAAAAAUGGGACGAAAUCAAAAGCCAGCAAAACGAAUGGUCCAAGGUGCCGUUGAUUGCGACCAAAUCCGAAGCGGUCGCCUUGGGUGCAGCCGUGCUGGGAGCCGUCAGUCACGGACGGAUAUCCGUGCUGGUGACAAAAGGCAAGAAGACCAAGGCGGAUCUGGCCUUGACGGUGCACAACGUCGCACCUGUCGCUGUCGGUGUGCAGCUCAACUACUUUGGAGGCAGCGAGAACGACUGGACACCGGUUAAAACUAUUUUUGAUUUUGAUCGACGCGUUCCGGCGGGACCGUACCCGAUCGAUCUUAAAGCAGCCGAAUGUGUGGUUCAACGCGAGACGAAAAACGUGGAAUCCCUGUCGGAUGAGGACUAUCUCAAAGCAAUCAAGGACAACGAGGGCGCGAAGGGUAUUCCCAAACGCGAAGAAUCCGCUUUGAAUUUGCAAGUUCAAAUCGUGCAAAAAUGGACGCGAGAUGGAGAGUGGAAAAAAGUUGGAAGUCCCAUGGAACCUCUCGUCAAAUUGGACGCUGAUGAAAAUCGGGUCGCGUGCGAAAGUGUUGCUCUAGAAAUCAGUCUCGGGGCGACGGGUAUGAUCAUGACCAAUCUCAACGGCGAACGUGAGUCUGUUGUACAAGCAACAAAGUCUGCUCGUAAUAAUGCAAUUCGAUACUACGUGGGAAUUCUGCUCGCGAUCCUGGUCUUUGGUGGACUCCUGGUCAAGUCAUACUGGGAGGACCACGUUUUCAAGCGCGAUACCGCCCGGCUGUUGGCCUACUACAAACAUAUAAUUCCGGGCAGUAUUCAGGACGGUGACUACGACACGGCACGGUAUUUGGUGUGGAAGUAUCGGGGCAAGAGCGACAAAUUGUGGAAGAAUCUCGAAAAGAAAUACGGCGAGCCCGUAUUGGAUACUCACGAAUGGCCGGAUACUGCUGUUGACGAUGACGCACGAAGACCACUGAAUGAAGAGCAUGAAACUGUCGAGUUGGACGAAGAGGAUGAGAAGGAGACCAAACAGGAAGAACCCGACCUGUAGUUGUGAGAUUGCUCUCCAUGAAACCAUGUGGUGGAGACCGGUUCGCAUACACACAGGAAAUUGCUUUGCGUGGCGGAAGUGGUUUCACAUACUACGAUACAUGAGCUUGUCCAUAAAGAGAGGAAAGAUUGCGGUGACUUAAAGGAUUAAAUAUUUUCAAUGCU